GUGACAUCUUCUUGGUGCGUGGAGGGAUGCGUGCAGUGGAGUUCAAAGUGGUGGAGACAGAUCCAAGUCCGUACUGCAUAGUGGCUCCAGACACAGUGAUCCAUUGUGAAGGAGAGCCCAUCAAACGAGAGGAUGAAGAGGAGUCACUGAAUGAAGUGGGCUAUGAUGACAUUGGUGGUUGCCGGAAGCAGCUGGCUCAAAUCAAAGAGAUGGUGGAACUUCCCCUCCGACACCCUGCACUCUUCAAGGCCAUAGGAGUGAAGCCUCCACGUGGGAUCCUGCUGUAUGGUCCUCCUGGCACUGGUAAAACACUGAUUGCCCGAGCAGUGGCCAAUGAAACAGGAGCUUUCUUCUUCCUGAUCAAUG